AUGAAAUCGUGGGGAGUGAUAGUGUUUUUAGUGGCAGUUGCCGGAAUACAGGUAUUCGCCGAGGACCUCGCGUUCCCUGAGAAUGCAAGAACUUCCUCCACUACCCGUAUCGUGUCCGGCUGGGAGGCCGCAGAGGGCCAGAUCCCGUGGCAACUGUCCCUGCGGAUGGUGGACCCGACGGGAGCCGUGUCUUCAUGCGGAGGCUCAGUCAUCCACCCUGAGUGGGGUAUGACUGCCGCUCACUGCACUGCUACCCGCGUCACCAUGGUGCUUCGCGCCGGCGCAGUCAGCCUGUGGCGUCCGGAGCUGAUCUUCGAGACCUUCGAGUACUUCAACCAUCCCCUGUACAUCGACGCCCUGCAGUCUGUCGUGCAGCCGCAUGAUAUAUCUCUUUUGAAGUUCCAACGUACCAUCACCUUCUCUGAUCGUGUGCAGCCCAUCCGUGUGCAGAACUCUCUCGAUAGGAAUCGCGACUAUGAUGGAGUAAGGCUCGUCGCUUCUGGCUGGGGUCGCACUUGGACCAACGGAGCUACUCCCGAGAACCUGCAGUGGGUGUACCUGACCGGAGACUCGAACCAACGCUGCUCGUCUGCCUUCGGUGGCAGCUCGAUCAUCGUCGACUCCACCAUCUGCGCCAGCGCCUACAAUGUCACCAGUCAGUCUACUUGUCAGGGUGACAGUGGCGGCCCUCUCGUCGACUUGGAAGAGGACGGCAAAUACACGCUGGUCGGAGUCACGUCCUUCGUGUCAGCUCUAGGAUGUCAUGCUGGCAUGCCUGCCGGUUUCAUCCGUCCCGGACACUACCACGAUUGGAUUACCGACGUGACCGGUAUCAACUUCGACUGGGUCCCUGAACCGCCCACCGACUCCAGCGAGUCCAAAUCUAGCGAGUCCAAAUCUAGCGAGUCCAAAUCCAGCGAGUCCAGCUCUAGCGAGUCUAGUGAAAGCGAAGAAAAAUCUGAGUCUGCCGAGUCCUCUGAGGAAACCUCUGAGGCCGAAUCUAACGAAACUCCUGAGGCCGAGUCGAAUGAGACCCCUGAGGCUGAAUCUAACGAAACUCCUGAGGUUGAAUCAAAUGAAACACCUGGGGCUGAAUCUGACGAAACCCCUGAGGCCGAAUCCAAUGAAACCCCUGAGGCCGAAUCAAAUGAAACCUCUGAGGCCGAAUCUAAUGAAACACCUGAGGCUGAAUCUAACGAAACCCCUGAGGCCGAAUCGAAUGAAACCCCUGAGGCUGAAUCUAACGAAACCCCUGAGGCCGAAUCGAAUGAAACCCCUGACGCCGAAUCAAAUGAAACACCUGAGGCCGAAUCGAAUGAAACUCCUGAGGCCGGAUCUAACGAAACACCUGAGGCUGAAUCUAACGAAACACCUGAGGCUGAAUCUAACGAAACUCCUGAGGCUGAAUCAAAUGAAACACCUGAGGCUGAAUCUAACGAAACCCCUGAGGCCGAAUCGAAUGAAACCACUGAGGCCGAAUCAAACGAAACACCUGAAGCUGAAUCUGACGAAACCCCCGAGGCUGAAUCGAAUGAAACCCCUGAGGCCGAAUCAAAUGAAACACCUGAGGCCGAAUCUAAUGAAACACCUGAGGCUGAAUCUAACGAAACCCCUGAGGCUGAAUCUAACGAAACCCCCGAGGCUGAAUCGAAUGAAACCCCUGAGGCCGAAUCGAAUGAAACCACUGAGGCCGAAUCAAAUGAAACACCUGAGGCUGAAUCUGACGAAACCCCUGAGGCUGAAUCGAAUGAAACACCUGAGGCUGAAUCUGACGAAACCCCUGAGGCCGAAUCAAAUGAAACCCCUGAGGCCGAAUCAAAUGAAACCGAAUCGGAAGAGACUAGCGAGGAAGAACAGUCUCGCCUUUUCUGGUCAGUCUUCCGUGGUGCCUCGUUGAGAGCCUUUGGAUAUUAA